AUGUCUCCUCUCAUGAUGACACCAAUCCUGCACCCGAUCACUGCAGAAGAAGAAGCCUAUUCUGAGAGCCAAAGGAAAACCAGGAGUGUUGUUGAACAGGCACUUGGUGUAACUAAAGGCAGAUUCAGGUGUAUGCACAAGAAUGGUGGUCAUCUCUGGUACACCCCAGAGAUGUGUGGGAGAAUCAUCAUGGUCUGUUGUAUCCUGCACAAUUUUUGUCAGGAAAACAACGACCCGCACCAUGAGGAUGAAGAUCCUGACAUUGAUGCAAGUGUUCAUGACAAUGUGUGUUUGUUGGUCCUGUACUUGCCUCUGGUCUCAGGACCAGGGAAGAAAUAAUCAGGAACUUCUUUACACAUUAGUCAUGUACACCUGCCUCGAUGUCAGGAUCUUCAACUCAGCAGCCACAUGAAUCUGCCUUAUGG